AUGUCAGCUUCUUCCAUCAAUCGUUCUUUGGCUACGGUCAAGACCGAGCUCGAGUUUCUACAGGAAUCCAAUGUUAUCUCUCAACAAGCCUUCCAGGAUAUAAUGGCUGCUUUACCCGAACGGUACAGUCCGGAAGAAGCCAGGAGAGAAACCCCAUCGACAACGGCAGCGUCUCAGAACGAGUUUGUCGAAGCCGUUUACGCUUUUCAAGCGCAGCAAGAUGGCGAUCUGGAUUUCCAUGUUGGUGACAAGAUAGAGGUGCUCGAAAAACCAUCUCCAGAGUGGUUUAAAGGCAGAUGCAACGGAAAAGUUGGUAUGUUCCCUUCUAAUUACGUUAAACCGGCAUUUUCCGGCUCCCUCGGUCAAGGGACGGAUCGGUUGAAUUCGCUGGCUCCUCCGCCACCUCAAUAUCAGCCCCAGGCCCAACAACAACUUCAACUCCAGCCACAGCAAACAAACGCAAGUGCUCAUUCAAGCUACUCGCAACCACAGUUUCCGCCACCUUCCACUAACUACUAUCAGAAUCCGCCUCAGCAGCAAUAUCAAAAUCAGAUGCAGCAGGCUUACUACCAAUCACCACCUCCGAUGCAGCAGCAGCCUGUGCAGGAACAACAACAGCAGCAACAGCAUCACGCAGGAAGCCAGGCUUUUAAAAAAUUUGGUAGCAAGCUAGGAAAUGCGGCUAUUUUCGGUGCCGGUGCCACUAUUGGUUCAGAUAUUGUCAACGGCAUCUUUUAG